UGCUAGCAGGCCCCACUUCAUCUUCAGCCACCAUGUCUCUAGGCCUUCUGCUUUCUGCACUGGGGCUCAUGAUGCAGACUCAAGCAAUGAUUGUAAGCGAACCACAGGAAUUCAAACAAUAUGAAGUGGUUUAUCCUCAAAAACUUCAUGUCAUGCAAAAAAGACAGAUCCAAGAGAACCCAACAGAGCCUUAUGGCGAGGAGGAAAAAUAUGAACCUGAGGUGCAAUAUCAAAUUACAUUAAAUGGGGAAGACGUGGUCUUUCAAUUACACCAAAACAGUGACCUCCUAUCUCCACACUACGCAGAAACAUAUUACUCAUCUGAUGGAAAGAAGAUCACCACCAGUCCCCAGGCCGCGGAACGCUGUUAUUAUCAAGGUCACAUCCUGAAUGAGAAGGACUCUUUUGCCAGCCUCACUCUGUGUGGGGGGCUGAGGGGCUUCUUCAAGCACCGUAAUCAAAGGUAUCUAAUAGAGCCUCUGAAAGGUGGAGAUCAUGAGGCACACACCAUCCUGAAAUAUGUGGCUCUGGACCCCACAAACCAGACCUGUGGAGUAAAGAGCUCAGACCAGAAGCACAUCCUCACCCGGAAUCCUAGAGAAAUCACUGACCCAAAUAAUUUUCUUACAUCUCCAAAAUAUAUCAACCUUUUCUUGGUCCUGGAUAAAGCUUUUUACAAUAUGCACAAAGGAAAUCAGACCUCAAUAAGAAAUUUUCUCUUCAAUGUGGUCAGCCUCCUGAAUGUGAUCUAUAAUACCUUGGAUGUUCACGUGGCCUUGGUGGGCAUGGAGAUCUGGUCAGAUACCAAUAAGAUUGAUGUGGCAUCAAACGCACACAGUAACUUCAACAAAUUCUUGGACUGGCACCGCAGAUGGAAGGGAAGGAAACAUGACCAUGCUCAGCUGCUCAGUGGAAUUGCCUUCAACAAAAAAGUGGUGGGGUUUUCAGCCUCAAACUCCAUGUGCAGUUCACAUUCUGUUGCAGUGAUCGAGGCUUGGAGGAAAAAUGCAGUGUCACUAGUAGGACUGAUGUCUCAUGAGUUGGGUCAUGCCCUUGGAAUGCCUGAUGUGUCUUAUAAAACCAAAUGCCCCUCUGGGAGCUGUGUGAUGAAUGAGUACCUGAGCUCUAAAUUCCCAAAGGACUUCAGUGAAACCGCCCUUAAGUAUUUUCAAAAAUAUCUCUUAUCUCAAAAACCAAUGUGUCUUCUCCAAGCACCCGCCCCAGAAGACAUAAUAAGUGAUCCAAUCUGUGGGAAUAAACUCAAGGAAGUAGGUGAAGACUGCGACUGUGGGACACCCAAGGAAUGCACAAAUCCUUGCUGUGAUGCAGAGGCAUGCAGAUGGAAGCCUGGGACCCAGUGUGAAGAAGAUACAGCAGUUAGUGCAGAGCAAGAAGACCGUUCUCUAGACGAUGCAAUUGAGGCUUGAUGAGCUGAAGGGACCUAUCUGCCUGAGGUUCUAGAGUCCACACAGGAGAGGAUGCGAGAUGGGAACACAAUUCUUCUAAGUCCAAAGGCUGUCUCCAUCAUAACUAUGGUUUCUGUUUGGGUGAUGAAGAGGAGUUAUUAGUGAAAACAAGACAGAAACGAGUUGAUUUGCUUCUCCUUUCAUUUUAGGGUACGCUUACAAUCUUCACAAAUGUACAUUUAACAUUUUCCCAUUUAUCAGAUGCUUCUACUUGUGAUUGCAAUGAUAUCUCUGCAUGUCUUUUAUAUGUCUUCCACAAUCUCUUAUGAUGAUAGGUCUGGGAUCGUUGCAUGUGAGCUGUGUACAUCUUUAUGUGACUAUUAAAGAAAUCUUUGGGUGA